ACCACCACAGCACGAAAUGUUUUUUUUAAACAAAUCUGUCAAAAAUUUAUCAUUCUAUCAAAUCAAAACCGACCUGUACGCAAAUAAUAAAGAACAUUUGGUAAGUAAAAUUACCUUCAAAAAUAAAAAAGACUAUCUGGAAUGAUAUUUCAAAAAGGCUUCUUAAUUUCAACCUUAUUCUUAAGUAUCUUCCGGCGAUACACAGUUACGGCUGCCAAAGAAAUGUCUGGAGAGAUAUCAAGCUUUAAUAAAACAUCUUCCAUUAUCCCUGGAGAACAGUCAGUAGCAUACGUUACCGCACCAAAUGAAGAAGUUGCUAAAAAAUUAGCUCAUGGUAUAGUUUCAAAUAAGUUAGCUGCUUGUGUUAAUAUAAUUCCUAAAAUCACUUCCGUAUACGAGUGGGAAGGAAAAAUUAACGAAGAUUCUGAAGUACUAAUGAUGAUUAAGACGAGAACCUGCAAAGUAAACAAUUUGACUGAAUAUGUUAAGGCUAACCAUCCAUACACGGUUUGUGAAGUUAUUUCACUACCUAUCCAAAAUGGAAAUGAUGCCUACCUAAAAUGGAUUAAUGAUGUGGUCCCCAUUAAUUAGAAAUUAGAUUUAUAGUUUUUUAUUGUUACUUUAAUGUAUUUAAAUCUUGAAAGAAAAAAAUAAUAUAAUUUUUAGAAGGUGG